AGCACAGUCGGACUCAAAAACUAAACGUGCGGCAAUGAAGUUCCUGGGUUAUUCAGCGCUUUGCGCGCUUCUGGUCUUGGCAAGCGCUGAAGGCAACAGCGAAGGCAAAGCCGUCGAGUCCGGGAAGAAGGAUAAGCGCGGUCUCCAUCUGGGAUACGGUGGCGGCGGCGGCGGCGGCGGCGGCGGAUACGAAGGACACGGACACGAACACCACGUCAAGACCGUCACUGUGGUGAAAAACGUGCCUCAACCCUACCCCGUCGUGAAAGAAGUACCAGUUCCCGUGGAGAAAAAAGUACCCUAUCCGAUCACGGUGCACGUGCCACAACCCUACCCCGUCGAGAAGAAGGUGGCAGUACCCGUCAAAGUACCCGUCAAGGUCCCCGUACCCAUCCACAAACCCUACCCCGUGGAGAAACCCGUGCACGUCCCUGUCAAAGUCCACGUGGAUAAACCCUACCCCGUCAAAGUACUAGUACCUCAACCCUAUCCAGUUGAGAAGACCAUCCACGUACCGUACAAAGUCCACGUCCCACAACCCUACCCCGUGGAAAAAGAAAUCCCUUACCCCGUCAAAAUACCAGUGCACGUACCCAAACCGUACCCAGUGGAGAAGAUCGUACCCUACCCAGUCGAAGUAAAAGUAGACAGGCCGUACCCAGUUCACAUCCCGCAACCAUACCCCGUGCACAUCAUCAAGAAAAUCCCGUACCCAGUACACAAGCCGGUACCCUAUCCAGUCAAAAUACCAGUGGAUAGACACAUCCCUUACCCCGUCGAGAAGCCAGAGCCCGUCCCAGUAAAAGUACCAGUACCUGUGCCUUACCCCGUAGAGAAGAACAUUCCAGUACCAGUGGAAAAACCAGUACCUUAUCCGGUGAAAAUCCCCAUUUUCAACCCCGUGCCGUUCGUGGUCCACAAGAAAGUACCAGUGGAGGUCACUAAACCCGUGCCUGUGCCAGUCAAAGUACCAGUGGCCGUACCCGUGCAUGAAGAACACGGGCACGACUUUGGGGGACAGAGCGGAGGACAAGAUUUCGGUGGCCAGAUCGGCGGAGGUGGUCAUGAUUUCGGUGGCCAGAUCGGCGGAGGUGGUCAUGAUUUCGGUGGCCAAAUCGGCGGAGGUGGUCAUGAUUUCGGUGGCCAAUCCGGAGGAGGACACGAUUUCGGUGGCCAAUCCGGAGGAGGACACGAUUUCGGUGGCCAAAUCGGAGGAGGACACGAUUUCGGCGGCCAAGGUUCAGGUGGACAUGAUUUAGGGGGCGGACAGGGGUUAGGAGGCGGUCAUGAUUUCGGUGGCCAAAUUCAACUAGGAGGCCAUGAAUUAAGCGGAGGCGGCCAUGGUGGUUAUUAGUUAGUAUCUCUUUUGUACUUUUUUACUCUUAUCAGUAUUACCUGUUUGCUUUUAUGUGAUGUUUGUUAUUAAAACAGAUUUUCUAUUA